AUGUCUGAACUUAAUUUUCCAGGAUAUGGCAGUCUUUAUUUUACUGAUGCAGUGUUUCUCGAUGCUGAUUUGAAGCAAAAGCUGGAUGGUGACUGCAAGUACUGCAUUGGGCCGAAUUGCAGAAACACAUACUGGGAUUGCAAUGUUGGAGAGCCCAGGAACUAUGCAUUGAAGGGACCGAAUAGGGGCCCAUGGAGUGAUCUUCUCUCAUACUCUUCUGCUUUAAUUGAUGUCGGCCUUGCAAGAUUGCCCCCAGCUGAGAAUCUUGCUCCUCAUCAGCAACCAUCUUAUAAAGGCUCCGUGGGCGAGCAUCUGGAACUUUUGAGCCUAGGUCAGGCCCUAUUUCCCAUAUUGACGCGACAUCCUCAGAUACAAUCUAAUGCAGCCCCAACUCUAUUCCAUUCGGAUCUACACAAGAGAAACAUCUUUGUGUCUGAGGAUGAUCCCACUAUUGUGACAGGUUUUAUUGAUUGGCAAUCUACAAGUAUUGAGCCAGCAUUCUACUAUGCAGAUGAGGUACCUGAUUUCGCGAAGCCACCCGUGAAUGAAACACCAGAGAGCAUUGAAGAGAGUAUCUGCAGUCAGGCUUUUGAAGAAGAGUUGGGACUUCUGGCUCCGCGGCUAGCGGCGGUGAGAAAGAUUGAUGAGACUCUCCUCCGGCCAUUCCGCUGCUGUCAUCGGACAUGGAAAGAUGGCUUGGUAUCAUUUACUCAUGAAUUGAUGCAGCUGAGGGAGCACUGGCAAGACCUUGGCUUUGAAGAAGACUGUCCUAUCCCUGCCUUGAGCUUAGAGGAAAUGCGCAUUCACCAGGAACGACUAGAUAUCUAUGACAAGAUGUCGGGUGUCAGACAGGAUAUUGUUGAGAUGUUGGGAGUUGGGCAGCAUGGCUGGAUCCCUGAAUAUCGCUGGGAGGAAGUAAAGGAAACUCAUCAACGUAUAUACAAGGCUGUUUUGGCAACCACGGAGAGCGAGAAGGACCGCCAAGAGAUAAAGAUGAUGUGGCCGUUUGAUGUAAUUGAAGCAUGA